AUGCGUAAAACCCGCGACAAUGAAUUCCUGUAUGUUUUUAUAGCACUGUAUGCAUUUAUCAAAGGCUUUGAGUGUUGUCGACCAAUUGUGGUAGUUGACGGGAGCCACUUAAAAACGCCAUAUAAUGGAACAUUUGUCUCAGCAAGCACAUUAGACGGUGCAGGCAACAUACUUCCCCUAGCAUAUGGUGUGAUUGAUUCUGAGAAUGACAGAUCCUGGACGUGGUUUUCCGAGCGUUUCAGAGAAACAUAUGGAAUUAGAGAGAACAUGUGUAUCGUAUCCUAUAGGCAUGAAAGUAUAAACAAGGUUGUUUGUAGAAUUUAUCCAGAAGUUGCACAUUAUGCAUGUAUAUGGCAUCUUUGGGGUAAUGUAUGUAAAAAAUACAAAAAGAGACAUGAUGUGUUGAGUCAUGUUUUUUAUUCCAUGGCAAAGGCAUACACGCAGGAUGAAUUUGAUAAGUUGAUGGGGAAGGUUCAAAAGGCAGAUAUGCAGGUGGCAGAGUAUUUGGAAUCCGUUGGUAGAGACAAGUGGGCUAGAGUGUAUGCAUCUGUUAACCGAGGGUAUACAAUGACUUCUAACAUAGCAGAGUGCAUUAACCGAUAUCUUCUAGCUGCUAGAGAACUGCCUAUCUAUGACUUUCUCGAAGAAGUAGAACCAUCAACCGAAUUCGUGUACACAUUACAUGAUGGAGGAAGGCGUUUCAUUCUUAAUUUGAAUAACAAAACUUGCAGCUGUCUGAAGACAUAUGAUGUAGCUAUGGAUCCUCUACCCGAUGAGCGUGAAUGGAAGAUUCCCAAAUACAUCUUGGAGGAUGUGGUUUUGCCACCAAGAUACAAGAGACCGCCUGGUAGGCCAAAGAAGAGGCGUGAUAAACCUUUAAGUGAAUUGUUUACUGGGAAGAAAAGACAUGCUUGCAGUACUUGUAGACAACUUGGACACAACAGACGUUCAUGUAGUUUUGAGCCUCGAAGGAAGUGA